AUGUCCAGUUACGCGCUCCCCAAGUCCCACCAGGACCUCAUGGAGAAGUCCCUGGUGGAAACCGACAAUGAGGUCGCCCAGAUUAUGGAGAAGGAAAUCCAGCGUCAGCGCGAGUCCAUCCUCCUCAUCGCCUCCGAGAAUGUCACUUCCCGCGCUGUCUUCGAUGCGCUCGGUUCGCCCAUGUCCAACAAGUACUCUGAGGGUUACCCCGGCGCCCGCUACUACGGUGGCAACGAGCACAUCGACUCUAUUGAGUUGCUCUGCCAGAAGCGCGCACUCGAGACCUUUGGUCUAGACUCGGAGAAGUGGGGUGUCAACGUACAGUGCCUGAGUGGUAGCCCGGCAAACCUCCAGGCUUACCAGGCCAUUAUGAGGCCGCACGACAGGCUUAUGGGUCUUGACCUGCCCCAUGGUGGACAUUUGAGCCACGGCUACCAAACACCCCAGAGGAAGAUCUCCGCUGUUUCCACAUACUUUGAGACUUUCCCCUACCGCGUAAACCUCGACACCGGCCUCAUCGACUACGAUCAGCUUGAGCAGAACGCCCUCAUGUACCGUCCCAAGGUGCUCGUCGCCGGUACCUCCGCUUACUGCCGUGAGAUUGACUACGCCCGCAUGCGCGAGAUUGCCGACAAGGUUGGCUGCUACCUCCUGAUGGACAUGGCCCAUAUCUCUGGUCUUGUCGCUGCUGGCGUCAACAAGUCGCCCUUCCAAUACUGCGACAUUGUCACAACCACCACCCACAAGUCCCUCCGUGGACCCCGUGGUGCCAUGAUCUUCUUCCGCAAGGGUGUACGCAAGACCGACCCCAAGACUGGCAAGGAGACGCUCUACGAUCUCGAGGGUCCUAUCAACUUCUCCGUCUUCCCUGGCCACCAGGGUGGCCCCCACAACCAUACCAUCACCGCCCUCGCGGUUGCGCUCAAGCAAGCCCAAUCUGAGGACUUCAAGCUCUACCAGCAGCAGGUCAUCAAGAACGCCAAGGCCCUCGAGGUUGCGUUCAAGAGCAUGGACUACAAGCUUGUUACCGACGGUACCGACAACCACAUGGUUCUAAUCGACCUGAAGCCCUUCAACCUUGACGGUGCCCGUGUCGAAGCCGUUCUUGAGCAAGUCAACAUUGCCUGCAACAAGAACACCACUCCUGGUGACAAGUCGGCUCUCACACCGAUGGGUAUCCGUAUUGGAGCCCCAGCCAUGACCUCGCGUGGUCUUGGUGAGGAGGACUUCAAGAAGAUUGCCAACUACAUCGACCAGUGCAUCAAGCUGUGCAAGAAGAUCCAAGGCGAGCUCCCCAAGGAGAACAACAAGCUCAAGGACUUCAAGAGCAAGGUUGCUAGCGGUGAGGUACAGGAGAUCAACGACCUCAAGAAGGAGAUUGCGGCCUGGGCCGUCACCUUCCCUCUGCCCAUCUAA